GAGAUUAUCCAGCGGACGAGAUGAGUGGUGAGGUUUUGGAAGAUAGAUCUUCACGUCCCAGUGCGUUGUCGAACAGGAGACCGUCAGCGUGAAGGUCGUAAAGACUCAAAGCUGGAGGAAGCUGCCGAGCUCCGAGGGAGCGUACGCGGCCCACCGUUACGACGCCCCAGCCAUCUUGUUUUCGUGAAUGUACCGUCUUGACUUCAAACCCUCCUUCUCUGACUCACAUAGUGUCGCUUGAUGAAAUAGCUGACGUGAACGAACGCAUUCGAAGAUUGACAUUCUUGAGCUUAGAACGCGCUGCAUUGAAAGUAGACAAUUCAACGUAGAAGCCUCAAGACAACGUCAGGACAAACCUAUGCAGCAAACCUCAAAUUUCCAAUCCACACCAUGCUCGCCAAAAUCAAGGAUGAAUUGGGCAUCGAUACGUUGCUCGCGGCCCCGAGAGAUGUGUAUAUCAUUCUCUUGACAAGAACUCUGCGCAUGUUCGCUUACGGCUCGAGUACCCUAAUCUUGGCCCUCCAUCUCUCAUCUCUUGACAACUCGGAUACAUUGAUUGGCAUUUUCAUGUCAUUGACACUCAUCGGUGAUGUCUUGAUCUCUUUACUUCUUACUUUCGUCGCCGAUUCGCUAGGCCGCCGCAAGAUUCUUCUUGUGGGCUCUGUGACGAUGGCACUCAGUGGUGUUGUCUUUGCUACUCAGACCAAAUUCUGGAUUCUAUUGCUCGCCGCGGUCGUUGGAGUCAUCUCUCCGAGUGGCAACGAAAUUGGUCCUUUCCGUGCUGUGGAAGAGAGUACGCUGGCACAUUUGAUCCCAGCUGCACAACGCAGUGAUGUUUUCGCUUGGUAUGUCGUCGUUGGAACCUUCGGCACCAGUGUCGGUGCACUGCUUGGUGGUUGGCUUGUCACUGGUCUGGGUGCCGAAGGUGGCAACACCUUGGGCAGUUACCGUUUUAUUUUCUGGUUGUAUGCCUUGAUCGGCUGCGUCAAGUCUGGCCUUACCUUUCUCCUCAGCGAUGCUUGUGAGCUCGAGAGAGUUGUUCAGAAACAGAGUGCAGAAGUCGGCAAUGCAGAGGAAGCCGAAACCUUUCUCGGUCAAUCUCAAUCGAAUCAAGCACCGAAACCGUCAAGCAAAUGGGCUUUCUCUCAGAUCAGCCCUUCAUCUCGUGCCACACUGCUCAAGCUCUCUGGUCUUUUCAGUAUUGAUAGUCUGGCUUCCGGCAUGGCAUCGAUAUCGCUAACCACCUACUUCCUCUCGGAAAAGUUCGGCUCAGCUCCAUCUUCUCUAGGCACGAUCAUGGCCUUUGCCAGUCUGAUGUCGAGUAUUGGCAACAUCGCCGCCAGCAGUGUUUCCAAAAGAAUCGGUUUCAUCCACACAAUGGUGUUUACACACCUGCCUUCGGCCAUCUUCCUCGCCAUGAUGCCUGCACCCAACUCACUAGCCUUGACCGUCUUUUUCAUUGUGGCCAGAGCAACUCUUGCAUCGAUGGAUCAAGCUCCUAAAUCUGCCUUCCUCUCCGCAGUUGUGCAGCCAUCUGAACGUACGGCAGUCAUGGGCGCGCUGAAUACCGUAAAGACAGCGGCACAGAGUGCAGGACCUCUACUCACGGGUGUGUUGGCACAGAACAAGCAUUUCGGUGUUGCUUUUGUGAUGGCUGGAAUCAUGAAGGCUGGAUAUGAUUUGGGCCUUUUGUAUUGGUUUGCUGAGAGUAAGAUGAGGGGAGGUUCGGCUGAUGAGGCUAGGGAGAGAGUGAGGCAGCAGGAAGAUGAGGAGGGUCAGGAACUUAGAUAAUAGAACUUUUGUUGUUUCUAAGCUUGAGAAUCCUUAAUGCUGAAGUGCCUUAUUUGGUCAUAUUGAGACAAUACCAUCUCCUUGAUGUCUUUGUGAAGCUUAUCAGGAAGCAAUUAGGACGUAUCUUACGACGGAGAUAGAUUAUAUGUUCUCAUUUUA